CCUUGCCCUUGGAAGAGGGGGGAUAUGUGUCAUCAAUACCUACGCGCCUGGGAGAAGCUACCACUCACCUCGAGGGGCUGUGGAACGGCAGGCGAGUCCUACUACGUGGGAAGAGAGGGGCGUGGACACGCCGCAGCUACUUUCCCAGCCCCGGCGCUUGACCAGAAAAGGCUGAGACUGUGCGCCGCAGAUUGGAGACCAGUUCUGCGUUACUCUGUGGGUAGGGUCAGAAAUCUAAAACGGUGGGAGCGGUCUAAAGCAUCCUGAGCGCAGCCCUGCUGGGACCCAAAUUACUGGUGGGAAGAAUGCGAAGAAGAAGGUUUACAGAUCAUAAGGGCAAGCACGGGCGGGCGAGGAGGGAAACCCAGAUGUUACUAGGGCUUUGAGGGGAAGGUCAGAGGUCACGAAGUUGUGCGCGCAGCUGUUACCAUAGUAACCAGGGGCCGGAUGUGGCAGUCUUUGUGUGCGACAGCCCUCUUCUCAGACCUAGCUCGAGAGCCUGAGGACUCUUGUACACUGAGAAGCCGGUGGUGGAGGUUUUUUCAGCAAGGGAAGAAGAAAGGAAUUUUUAAGCACUUAUAGAAGCGCAGCGAAGGAAAGGUUUGAGAUUGCCGCUGUGCCUGACAGAGACCGAGGGAGGCGGCUGACGUGAGAAAGCCUCACAAAGGCACCCACACCCUUCCGGAAACUAAAUGGGGGCGCCUCAGCUUCCACGUCCACCGCCCCCGGAAACGGAAACAAUCCCAGUGUGCCCCUUCACCGUCCUCCAAGUCCCGUUGCAGCCAUUGCAGGAACUACCAUGCCCAAACGAAAGAAGCAGAAUCCGCAGCAGCAGCUGACGCUGGACCCCCAAGUGCCAAAGCGGGAAGAAAUUGGAGACGAAGACAAUGGAAUUCCUACGGGUGAGGAGCACGGGAGAAGUGUGCACAGGCCUGUCAGCAGAUGGAGGCGAGGACUUCAGGGCAGAAAGGACCACCCAGCCUUCUGGGCCCUCCCCCCAUGACCAAUGGAAAGCCUGGUGAGCCCAAGUCAGCUCUUCACAGAGGUCCUCCAGGAUCAAGGGGACUGAUGAUUCCACCACUGCUGACUCUCCCACCUCCUCUCCGGGGCAGAGUCCCAGUUUGGGGAGACUUUGCCCCCAGGUGUGGCCCAUAUGGUCGUGGUUGGUGGGGAGUCAGUGCUGAGCCUCCUUUUCCCAGACUAGGCCAUAGUAAUCCCUCCAGAGGAAGCUUUCACAAAGAACAGAGACAACCUCGAAGGCUCAAAAGCUGGUCACUUGUCAAGAAUACCUGCCCUCCCAAGAAUGAACCCCAGAUUAUGGAAGACAAAUCUGACCGCCCUGUUUGCCGACACUUUGCCAAAAAGGGCCACUGUCGAUAUGAGGACCUCUGUGCCUUCUACCACCCAGGCGUCAAUGGACCUCCUCUAUGAGACUGCCUUCCCAUCCAAACUGGAAGGAGCCCUCCUUGACCUAGCGGCCACAUAUUUCCCUGUGGCCCUGUGAUGGCUACUGUGAUGUUGUUCAACCCACCACCUCCCAGUCAGUGACACCCACCCCUGUCCACCACCUCUCCCAUUUGGGGUCCAGAGUUGUAUUUCAUCACUGGUGUACAGUGUGCACUCUUCUGAUCAGCCUCCAGAGACUUGCCUUCAAUAUCCCAUCUUUGUUCCUUUCAACUGCUUCCUGGAUCCUCUCUCCCUUGCCAACUGACUGCUAAGCAGGAAAUUUACUUGGUGCUGUUUCUUGUGCAAUUGUCCAUCGAGCCCCCAGUAUUGCCCUCAAUUCCUGAGCCCUGGAGCAGUUUCCUACCAUUCCCUCCUUCUAGCUGCUUGUUUUAAGUCCUUUAUAUGUGAUAUCACCUGCUCCCAAUGUUAGCAGCUACUCUGUGGAUCUCCCCAGGUUGUCUGACCUGGGGUCAAGUUUCAGUGACUAGUACAGAGUCACUCCCUGAAAAGCCACUGUCCCUGCUUUUGGAUUUUGUCGUUUCGCCAUCAGUAGCAUGGCCUCUACCACUGUGGUCUGUGAUCACUGUGCUUUGUGAAACCCGCAUUCCCUCGUAGGCUUUUUCAGUGUCCAUGGCAUUUCUGUGGUUUAACACACUAUAUACAGUAUUUCUGCCAAAAUGAGUGAGGUUCUUGGUGCCCUCUAGACUUUCCCCAAUCCCCAACCCCAAAACGGGAGAACUGUGAAACUUCCCACAAGAGUGCUUCCUUGGCCUCAUGAGAUUUCCUCUAAAGCCUCUGGUGGGCCUACCCCAUCCCCUCUACAGCUCAUUUUAGUUAGACUGCAUCAUUGUGAGGCCACCAGGCUUUUUUGUUGGAAUUCUGUGAAUCUCCACCUGGCCUGUCUUUGGGUGGAACCUGAACAGUAUUGUCCUUGCCCAGCCUCUACUUCCCUGGCACUGGUUGUUUUCUGUGAAAACAACAGUGAACAGGCUCAGUUUUGAACUGACCCUGAAGAUGUGGGUCAGGAGUUGUUAGGGCAAGAGGAAGGGCUGUUGAACUGAAAGUGAAUUUUUUCUUUUUAAGAUAUUUUAUACUAGUAAUAAAUGCAGUGGAAAUGAA